AUGGCUCGUGGAAAGAGACCCGCCGCCUCCUCUACCUCCGCGCGCGCAAUCAAGCAUCGACGCACCCAACCCACCGAUACUAGACAGGCCAGCUCGAGCUCUUCCCCACUCAUCGAACCUCAUAUUGCUGGCAUGAACCCUGAAGCACCAGAAGUCGUUAGAUCUGAGCCUCACUUUGGUAAAAGACGCGCUAGCACACAGCUUGCUCUUGGUCUCCCCCCUCUUCAUCAUCUGAGCGAUAUAUAUCGUUCCAUCACGGCCAGAGCGCUAGAGCUUAAUCUCGAUGAAUUCCUUCAGCAUGUUGGAUCGAAGCCUCUGAGAAUCGUAACUGCCUGUUCGGGGACCGAGAGUCCGUUGUUGGCUAUUGAGAUGAUACAAGACAAUUUGAACAAGCACUUCGAUCGAGACUUUACAUUUCGUCAUCUUUUCAGUGCAGAGAUUGUUCCUUAUAAGCAGCGGUAUAUCGAUAACAAUUUUCAUCCGCGUUUGCUGUUUCGUGAUGUGACGGAACUGAAGGACCGUGUUGCUCAAACCACCUAUGGCUCUCUCAAGGAGAUACCCAGAAACCCAGAUAUGUUAAUAGCAGGAUUCUCUUGCGUUGACUUCUCUCUACUAAACAACAAGCGCAAGACCCUCAGCGAGAACGGAGAAUCCGGUGGGACAUUCUGGGGGAUCCUCGGCUACGCAAGGGCGUACCGACCGCGAAUAGUCAUUCUGGAGAACGUCAGAACCGCGCCAUGGGGAAAGAUAGCCCAGGCAUGGGGCUGCAUUGACUAUUUUGCGUGCCACGCAGAGGUAGACACCAAGGCGUACUACCUCCCGCAAACACGAGAGAGGGGCUACAUGCUCUGUGUUGACCGGCAGCGUAUGCGAGAACACGGUCUGGAGGAAACCGACAUGGCGGAGUGGGUUCAGGUCCUGUCUCAGUUUAAACGCCCUGCGAGUUCACCGGCGGGAAUGUUCCUGAUGGACCCUGAUGAUCGUAGACUGGAACAGAUUGAGAACGAUAUGACGACGCGGUUGGCGUCGCAUACGGUCUACAAUUGGGAGCGGUAUCAGGUCAGACAUCAGAACUACCGCAUGAACAUGAGCCUGGGACACCGGCGCCCGUUCACUCGCUCGCAGGAGGAUGGAUCUUCCCAGAUGCCAGACUUCACUUGGCAAGCCUGGCUCCGGAGUAUGCCUGAACGAGUCUGGGAUACGCUUGACGUUAAUUUCCUCCGGAAGCUCGUAGAAGGCUACGAUAUGAAUUACAAAGAGCGGUGCAUAGAGCUUUCUCAGGGUAUCGAUCGAGAGGUCGACACCCGUGCAUACGGCAUAGUGGGCUGUAUCACUCCUUCCGGCAUCCCGUACCUUACCACCAGAGGUGGUCCUCUCUGUGGACUCGAGUCCCUAGCUCUUCAGGGAUUGCCACUGGGCAGACUGAUACUUGCCCGCGAGAGCCAAGCGGAACUUCAACAACUCGCUGGAAAUGCGAUGAGUUCAACGGUCGUCGGCGCUGCUAUUCUCUCUGCCCUGAUAGUAGGUCACAAAGUACUCGAUAAAGGUAGCCAGCUGGCGCGUUCGAAGAAAGAAGUUCCCAAGCACAAACGGUUUGAGCUGUGUCAUGAUCAUGAGCUCAUCUCCGGUAGUAUUAACGUCGACGAGAUUACCGAUAUCAACAUCUCAGACAUCCAAGCUCAAGCUGCGAAUAGUGCGAGAUACUGCGUGUGUGAGAGGCAGACCGCUAUAAAGCGCGAUAUCCUUCGAUGCAAGUUGUGCGACCACACCGCGUGCACAGACUGUGCUGGUAAUCCGACUCAUGACUAUCAACGGGCUUCUGAACUGGGGCGCACCCAGCCGUUGGACUUCGUGAGUCGACUCAGGAGCUCUCUUCCCGCUCGGUUGGUCAUAUCUGGUAUCUCUCGUGAGCAUUACAAUGUCUUUCAGGCAGACAAAUCCAUCGAAUGCCCUUCUAGCGUCUGGAAGAAAUACCUCGAUGCUGUAGCUCGGUUAAUGAGCGACGAGUUUCGCUUUCUCGACAUCAAAAGGAGUUCAGUUUGGACGGUCGUCUACGAGGGUAAGCACGGAUUUAUAAGUCUUGUUCCCUCGGACGAUGAACCUGUCCCAAUUGCGCGCAUGACUCCCUGCCCCGAUUUCAUUCUGAAAGGCGAAUGGGAGAUUCUCUCCCCAGUCAGCUCAAAUACAGCGCUCAUAUUUCGGGGAAAUGGUCUUAGCGUUGAAUCUUUCGAAGCCAAAUGCGGCAUUCAAAUCACGGUCGACGGCUCAAACGAUGAUAUUCAGAAUCUUGGAAUAGACGUCCGAGGGACCUAUGACCUUCUUCCUAACUGCGGAACAGCGCAUAGUUUAUACUUCUUUUUGGAUUCCUCGAAGCUCGACGAGCCAGUGUACGACUCGUUUGUCUUUUCUCUGGAACACGGACCUGAAGUCUCUCAUAAGUGGCGUUCUUCGAAUCUGGGUUCGGAGCCGGAGUGUGCCAAUGUGUACUAUCCCUCCUAUGUUCCGGGCUCUCCCAUUAUCUGCUCCAAUCUGAAGCCUCUUACGUCUCUGGCAAUCAGUAAUCGGGACUGUCGCAGCGCGAACAUCACUCUUCUCUCUUUCGAAGCACCAGCCACCGCUAUCGAUUCAUUCUGGAAGAAGGGACCGUGGGAGGUAUCCAACCCCAUCGAAUCUCCAGCUCUACUCGGAGACGUCUCAUGGCUACUCCAAAAGGCAGUCGGAUUCUCCGCAUACCAAGACUGGAUCCCAGUAAACGAAGGCCAGUCAUCAGGGAAGCCCAGCAGCCCAGCAUGCAGAGUCUGCGUUCCCGCAAAGCCCCGAAUAAUCUGGGGCCGGAACUCCCGAGGCCAAGUCAAGGCAUACGAAGAUCCGCAUGAUGCUGCCCUAUAUGAGCGACAGAUCAAGUUCAGACCACCCCCGUUCCUGAUAUUCCGUCAAGUCGACGACCAGAAUACCGGACACAUGCGCGUUACGCUCAACGUUCAAUCACUACUACAUCAGGCCUAUGGCAAGCUGCUUAGUCCGGAUAUCGCCGACAAUGCUGCUUUCUUCUGGCGUGUCCUGCCAAACUCGUACGACUCGAGACAUCUCAUUUUCCCCGAUUUUACUCUCAUGAGUAACAGAAACGAUGCACAGAGUGUGCAGCCGCCGAACUUCGUGCUCGAUCUACGGCCCGAGCAGCUGCGGUCUUUGUCGUGGAUGAUCCAUCGUGAAAGCGUGGAUAUUGAGCCCUUCGUGGAGGAAGAGGUCGAGGAAGCCCUUCUUCCUAUGCUAAUGUGGCGGGCUGAGGGGAAAGCAUGUGUGCAAAGGACGAUCCGGGGCGGUGUCCUAGCCGACGACGUUGGAUAUGGGAAAACAGCGAUUACACUCGGACUAAUCGAUGCACAGCAUAGUCAGCAGACUGCACCGGAACCCAUUGACGGGCUUAUCCCCACAAAAGCCACACUUAUCGUCGUCUCCAAGAUCAUGAUCAAGCAAUGGCAGUCCGAGAUUACCAAGUUCCUCAACAAUACGUAUCAUAUCCUCGUUAUCGAUGGGCUAGCAGCUCUGAGAAGAAAGACUAUUCGGGAAAUCCAACAGGCGGAUAUCGUGCUAGUUUCGUGGGCUGUAUUUAACAGUCAGAUCCACUAUGAGAAACUACAGCAGUUCACUGGUAUGCCGCGGGUGCCGCCCAAGCCGGGUCGCAAUUUCGAUGAUUGGUUUGUUAAGGCGCAUGUUGCUAUGAUGGAGCAGAUUCAGAUUCUCGUGGAGCAAGGGCCAAGGGCCUUGCUUGAUGCUAUCCAGGCUAGACGCCAGGAGGUCCUGGAUAAUGAGGCGAAUUUUACUUAUGUUCCCUCGAAAAGACUCAAAGGGAGUCAGUAUGCAGAUGUGCGUCAAGGUCAGGCGAUUGACGCUAAGAUGGGAGAUCAACAGCCUGGUUUAUCUGGUGGAGAUGAGGUAUCGGACUCCAGUGAAGAAGAGGAUCCUGAGCAAAUUCGGGCCCGAGUUGACCAGCUUCUGAAACUCCGACCCAAGAAGUUUGCCUCCAGGGCCGCGAAAGCGAUCAAGGAUAACGAAAGCGAUAUUGAAGGCAGUGGGGAGGAGGACGCUCCGAUAACAUCACGCACACAAGGCUCUGGCAAAAGGGGCCAAGGUGCAAAGGGAAAGCGCCCGCCAGUAAAGAAGGACAAGAUUUGGGACGACUACAAGGAGUUUGGAAUAAACAAGACCAGCCGUAAUCAAGACUGGAAGACAGUCAAACUUCCUCUCCUACAUGCAUUCUCGUUCAACCGUUUUGUGAUUGACGAGUUCACAUAUGCAAUCCCCGAACGACUUAUUCCCCUUCUCAAGCUCCAGGCUCGUUCGAAAUGGGUUCUAUCCGGCACACCGCCGUUGAAUGACUUUGCCGAUGUGAACACAAUAGCACCCUUCUUGGGCAUCCAUCUUGGCAUCGACGAUGAUGAUAUUCAGUCGCAGAACGCUCGACUUAAGAUGAUCCGGAAGCAGCGAUCUGAAGCAGAAUCUUUUCAGGCCCUCCAGGCUCCUCGGAGCGAGGAAUGGCAUCGCCGACGACACGAAAUUGCACAAAGGUUUCUGGACCAGUUCACUCGUAAGAAUGUCGCAGAGAUUGAUGAGAUCCCUUCCUCGGAACACAUUAUUCUCAUCCAUCCGUCGCCCGCCGAGACGGCGAUCUAUCUUGAGUUGUGCAAACAGUUGGUGACUUACAACCGUUUGGGUCGCCGGGGUGGCAGGAAAAGGAUCAGAGGUGACCAGGAUGAUAGGUUGGACGAGGUGAUUGAAAGCAGUAAGUCGAGUGAAGAAGCACUUCUUAAACGGUGCUCGUCGCUCGCUUUGCAGAGUCGCUGGCACGAUGGUGUACCUGAAGCUCUCACCUGCCGCUCUCUUAUUGAGACUCGAUUGAAGCAGCUCGAGGAUCUAAGUGAGGAACUCAUAGGGAAGCUCAAAAUGGCUGCGUGGGUAUACUGUGCCUGCGACCUGAGACACGACAAGUUCCACGAGUUCAUCGAGAGCAUCAAGGCGCAUGACUUUGGUGACAGGACUGUGACGGAAAAAAUAUACCUUCUCGUAAAGAGUACAAUGCUCUCAUCGAAUACAGAAGACUGGAAGCUGUUCUUUACUGAUUCAGCACAAGUCUCUGAAGGCACAUCUGAUGUAGAAAUGCAAGAUGAGACUGAGCUGAAAGAGAGCGAUGGUGAGGCCGAGAAGGAGGCAGGUGGACAAGCGUUGAAGGAUAGCAAGAAGGGUACAAAGACCAUUCAAACAGAAGAGUGCAGUGUCGAGGGGUGUCGAGGCUCAGGAAAGGAAUUCAAUGUUCUGAGCGCGUCUACUCUUGAGCGCCAUGAGGAGGAUCGGAGUGCCAGAUAUGGUGGCAGCAAGAUGGAUAAGUUGGUUGGGAUCAUCGAGCAGGUACCAACGGAUGAUCGAGUCCUACUUUUCAUUCAGUUUCCAGAGCUCAUAGACGUUGCAUCUAAAGCGCUGGAGCUUGCCAAUAUAGAAUAUACUGCUAUUACAGCAACAGAUCACAAGGCAACACAGAAAGUCCAGAGCUUCCAGGAGGCUGGUGGCUUUGGGGAGAACAAAGUGUUGAUCCUGAACCUGGGUAGCGAAAUGGCUGCUGGAUUAAACCUUCAGUGUGCAAACCACGUUAUCUUUCUCUCACCUAUGUUUGCUCAGACCCAGUACGACUAUGACUCGUCGAUGACCCAAGCUAUUGGACGAGCCCGGCGAUAUGGACAAACAAAGCACGUCUACAUAUAUCACCUAUUGGUAAGGGCGACCAUCGACAUUACCCUCUUCCAGCACCGCCAUGGCCAAGUGCUGGUCGAGAGGGACGGCGAGGCCACCCUUGCCGCGAGGGAGGAGGUUGAGGAGUGGGAGGUGGUAAAGGGAGAAGCAAUGGCAGUUGUUGUUGAUAACGCAUUCUAA